CCUUGGCUCUGGCUCGUAUCCCCCGAGGUCUGGCAUGCACCGCUAACAAUAUCAAUUGCGAAGAGGUCGUUGACAACACCAGCUCUGCCGUCCCAGUCCGGUGCCACGGACCACCCACUGCCGUCUCCAUCCACCCGGUGCUUGCCUUCAUACUGUCGGCUGAUCAGGUCCGCUGCCACGUUAGUGCUACCCUUGAUGUGUUUCACAGCAACGAUAUUGUGGCCGAAGAUGCCCUCCUGCCACCGCGUAUGUGAUGCACUCAGCUUCCCGCCUGCCAACACGUCGCGGAUCGCACGGCAGUCCGUUUCUACGACAACCGGGAACCCGUAUACAAUGUCGUCAAAUUGGUCGAAGCCGAACUUCAUGGCCGCCAGCUCCAGGACGUGUGGGGCAUACCGCGACUCGGCGUUUGAGGUGCGUUUGGAUGCAAACCCAAUCGGGAAGCGGCGAAUGACUUGUUUCCCGCCCGGAAGGGAGACUUCCAUCUCCUGCGCGAGGACACCUCCAAACCCUUCC